AUGCAGCCAGAGAUUUCAGAUCAAAUAUUAUAUUCUUUCCUCACCGGAGGAUCCUGUGCUUCAUCGACCACCACCACCACCACAAGGUCGUCUUUCUACCCUUUUGCCAUGGAAGACACAAGUUCUCAAGACAAAGCUCUUGCUACUACUGGCAGGAAACAUAGAGAAGGUGAGCGAAGGAGAAGAGAAAGAAUCAACUCUAAUCUUAACAAGCUCCGGAACUUACUCUCUUGUAACUCCAAGACCGACAAAGCCACACUACUAGCAAAAGUGGUCCAACGAGUCAACGAACUAAAACAACAAACCCUAGAAAUCUCCAACGAAACCGUACCGUCUGAGACAGACGAAAUCAGUGUACUCAACUUCGAAAACUGUUCCAACGACGACGGUCGGAUAAUCUUCAAGGUAUCGUUCUGCUGCGAGGACAGGCCAGAUCUCAUGCAAGAUCUCGUGGAGACACUCAAGUCUCUUCAGAUGGAAACUCUCUAUGCAUAUAUGACGACAAUUGGUGGUCGGACGAGAAAUGAUUUCGUUGUGAUCGGCAACAAAGAGAAGCACAGUGUCGAGUCGGUGAAGUUACUACAGAACGCAUUUGAAUCGUUGCUCGAACGGUCAAACCAGUCGGUGAUGAUGGGACAUGGUGGUGGGGGAGAAAGGUCCAAAAGACGUCGCCCCCUCGAUCAUAUCAUACGGGUGUGA